AUGGGUCAAGCCAAUUCACACCUGCCCGAACACCAACUCGAACAGCUCAGUAUCGAGAGUGGACUGUCACGCAGUGGUAUCGUAACGCUGUACAAGCGGUUUUUGUCGCUUGCGACACAUCGCGACAAGGCGACGAAUGAACACUUCCUCACCGAAGCAGAUUUCCAAAAUAUCGCCGAAUUACAACAGAAUCCGCUUGGACAACGUAUUAUCGACGCAUUUUUUGCAGACGCUGAGGUCGUUGAAAGAAGAAAAGUGUAUUUUCGGGAUUUUGUCAAGGUACUCAGCCAUUUCCGACCAAUCAAUAAAAAUAAACCACAUCCAUGGAAUAGCCGUGAAGCAAAGCUAAGAUUCGCUUUCACUAUGUAUGAUUUGAAUAAGAGUGGUACGAUCACAAAGGACGAGUUCAAAGAUAUUUUACAGAUGAUGAUCGGUGCGAAUGUUCCUGGUGAACAGGUGAAUUCAAUAGCUGAUCGUACAAUGCGAGAAGCGGACAAGGAUGGUGAUGGAUGCAUAACGUUUGCAGAAUUUUGCCAUGCAAUGGAAAAAACCGAUAUUGAGCAGAAAAUGUCGUUUCGUUUUCUGACGUAA